AUGAAGUCCCCCAUCUUCAUCCUCGCUGCCCUUCUUCCCCUGGCUACGCAAGUCGCCAUGGCCAACCCAGUCGCCGCCGCCAACUCUGACUCUUCCCUGGAAGAACGCGGAGGCAACUGGAAUGGCGAUUUGAAUCAUGGUCAUGGAGGCAAGGGCUGGGACAAUCACUGGGAUGAUGAUGACCGCCCUCAGGAUUGGUGCAAGGUGAAGCAGCCUUACUGGUAUCAUAAGUAUCCCUGUGAUUCCAGCGGCACCGUCGGCGAGUCCAAGGUCGGCGACAACUUUGCACCCGUCUGCAAAUACCAGAACUGGUACAAGAAUCCGAAGGGUUGGUGGGUCAAGGACGAAUAUAAGCCCCGACGCUGCCAGGUCAAUGUGGGAGAAUGCAAGGAUUGA